AUGUCGGACGUACAUACUGACGCGAAAGAGAAUCGACUCAAGAGGGAUCCAAAGGCUGGCGUUGACAUGUUCGUGGGCUACGAAGAAGUGUCGAAGGCGUAUCAAGUUUAUGACGUUGAAGCGGGGAAGGUGGUCGUCAGUCGUGAUGUCAACUUCGACGAAUCCAUCUUUGGACUUCCAAAACCGAUCACUGAUGAAGGUGCCGAUGAACUGGACUUCAAAUUACUCAAUGAUGAAGAGCCGCGUCAGGUAGAGUACAAGCAAACAGGCAAGCGCAAGAGCCGCCUCGAUGAUGAAGAUGCAGCUGCCCAACGACUGCGUGCAUUGAGUCAGCGGCCUGGACUAGUAGAGUCAAGCACUCCGGACAGCAACUCGUCAUGCUUAGAAGAAGACGCAGAAACGAAGGAUUCUGAUGAAUCAACUCCGCCUGUGUUUUGGCGUGCGAGUGCGAAUGCCGUAGAAGCAGCAAUGGGUUUAUUGGAGUCGUCAACAUUUGAGGCAGCACUACCUAACGGACAACGCGCCAUUGGUAAGAAGUGGGUCUUCAAGAUCAAGCGUAAAGCGGAUGGAUCUAUCGAGAAGUACAAGGCACGACUUGUGGCCAAGGGUUUCCGCUUAAAGUAUGGCAUCGACUACACGGAGACAUUUUCGCCUGUGAUCAAGUAUGUGACUGUGCGAAUGGUGGUCGCAAUUUCCAAGCCAUUUGGAUGGCCUAUCGACCAGCUUGAUGUGGUGACAGCUUUCCUGUAUGGCGUCAUGAAGGAACAAGUGAUCUGUGUGAUUCCUGAAGGCGUCAACCUUGAUAGUACGUUCGACUGCCUGGUAUUAGUGAAGUCAAUUUACGGCCUCAAGCAAGCGUCGCGAGUGUGGAACGAGACGUUCGACAAGUUUGUGUGCUCUAUUGGAUUUCAAGCGUCGUACUUCGACCCAUGUAUCUACAUCAAGACUUCGGACGGCCAUUGUGUGCUUGUACUGGUCGACGUGGAAGACGUCUUGGUGACUGGAAGCUCGCUUGAGCUAAUUGCACGAACCAAGAACGACUUGAAGACACGUUUUGAGAUGACAGACAGCGGCAAGUAUUCAUUUGUUCUAGGGAUCGAGCUUUUGGACGGUGAAGAUGGCUGUGUGACUCUGUGUCAGCGCCGUUAUGUCGAUGAUAUCCUCAAGCGCUUUGGAAUGGAGGAGUGCAAGGCUGUGGCGAGUCCUGUGGAUGUCAGUUCUCGAGUGAUGUCAAGCAGCACUGCGAGCAAGAUCGAUGUUCCAUGCCGUGAAGCUGUUGGUGCUUUGAUGCAUCUGACGACUGCAAAACGACCGGACAUUGCCUGUGCUGUGAGCUUUGUGUCGCGCUUCAUGGAGAAUCCCCAAGAAGAACACGGUUGCGGCCAAGAGCAUCUUUCGCUACCUACAAGACACCAAGAUGCAUGGAAUGUGCUCCAAGCCAAGUGCAUGGAUCGCUUUUCGUGGCUAUUCGGACGCAGACUGGGCCGGCGACCUUACUGA